AGUUGGGCCAAGCCAGGCUCGGGCGCGCGCACUCAGGUCCGAAUGUUGUGACUAAAAUGCGCCGUUCGUUACACCCCGGCGGCGCAGGCGGUUCUUAAAGGACCAGAGACCUGGGGUCGCCGGCGCCUCCUUGGACCUCCCCGGCUCUGGGGGCAACUCGGCGGAGGCUGGAGAUCUGUGCGAGCGCGAAGGAAAACAAAGAAGCAACCGGAAACAGCCGUGGGGGGCGCGGGCACGGGGCUGGGAGCCGGCGCCCAGGAACCACGGCAAAAAGGAGGGCUUAUGUGGGGUGUAGCUGCACCCAGAGAAGUGCGGCAGGCAGGUAGAUCCCAAAGAACCAGUGUGGAACUGCGUUUGGAGUGUGAGAUCCAGCAUCACCUUUUGCCUUGUGAACAUCCCCAAUGCGACCAUGGGAACUGGCAGUGAAUAGGUGGCCUCCUGUCCCAUCUGACCAGCAACAAUUCCCAGGGGAGAGCUGUGGCAGUCCAGCACACCUCAGGAGAAGAUCCCAAAGAACCAGUGUGGAACUGCGUUUGGAGCGUGAGAUCCAGCAUCACCUUUUGCCUUGUGAACAUCCCCAAUGCGACCAUGGGAACUGGCAGUGAAUAGGUGGCCUCCUGUCCCAUUUGACCAGCAACAAUUCCCAGGGGAGAGCUGUGGCAGUCCAGCACACCUCAGGAGAAGCCCUCCUUUCUGGCACCACUGGGGCCGACGUGAGCGACCUCUACAAACUCACCUAGCCCAGGAUGAGAACUACUUGCACCCGGCUUUUUUCCAGCAGCAGCAGCCACAGCCACAAGUCUCUGUAGAUGAGCACCCAGCGUACGUUCUGGCCACCACGCCACCACGAAUGCUUCACCCAGCGGCACACACAUCCCACCAGCAUCCAUUCAUGGUGGAUCUCCAUGACCAGGUGCAUCAGGGAGCUGUCCCUCUCUCCUACACGGUGACCACAGUAACAACACAAGGCUUCCCCAUUCACACUGGCCAGCACAUACCUGGCUGUAGUGCGCAGCAGCUCCCAGCAUGCUCAGUGAUGUUCAGUGGACAGCACUAUCCACUCUGCUGCCUCCCACCCCCUCUGAUCCAGGCCUGUGCCAUGCAACAGCUCCAUGUCUCUUAUCAAACAUUCCCACCGCUCAUUUCCAGUGAUCAUUAUAUCCUGCACCCUCCGCCACCUGUGCCACCACACCAGCCUCCGCAUAUGGCAGCCCUUGGCCAGUUUGUCCCACUCCAGCCACAGCAUCCUCGCAUGCCACUUCAGAGGAUAGAAAACGAGGUGGAGCUUCGGGGUGAACAGCACUCAAUGGGGGGCUUCUCGUAUUCUCCUUCCCACCAUACUCCUGCCUUAUCGCCCUCUGUACCAUUGUAUCUUCCACACACGCACGACCCACUUCACCAAGAACUGCCGUUUGGAGUGCCAUAUCCACAUAUGAUGCCCCGGCGGCUGAACUCCCAGCGAUACAGAUUACAGCAACCACUGCCUCCUCCGCCACCUCCUCCUCCGCCAUACUAUCCAAGCUUCCUGCCAUACUUUCUUUCAAUGCUUCCUGUGUCGCCAACAGCUGUGGGGCCCACAAUAAGUUUGGACUUGGAUGUGGAUGAUGUAGAGAUGGAAAACUAUGAGGCAUUACUGAAUUUAGCUGAAAGAUUAGGGGAGGCCAAGCCACGGGGACUCACCAAAGCAGAUAUUGAGCACCUUCCAUCCUACCGCUUUAACCCAGAGAGCCAUCAGUCUGAGCAAACCUUGUGUGUGGUGUGCUUCAGUGACUUUGAAAUCAGGCAGCUGCUGCGAGUUCUGCCCUGCAACCACGAGUUCCAUGCUAAAUGCAUCGACAAAUGGUUAAAGGCAAACCGCACAUGCCCCAUCUGCCGAGCAGAUGCUUCAGAAGUGCAUCGGGAGGCCGAAUGAGGUUCGUCAAUGCACUGCUGCACAAAUUUACUCCAGGAUACGGACCUUGGACCAGAGGCAUGGGCCGGCCUGUAUGCUUAGCCUCUGGGGCCUCUCCUGGGAUGCGGUGAGAAUAUAAGCAAUGUAUGACACCCCCUCCCCCCUCACCCCAUGGCAUGGACUGGGCCUGGUGGUUGAGCCAGCUCUGCGGUGUCAUGCUUUGUAGGGGGAGGCAUCCCCACGUGCUCUGCACUCCAAAGACUCGCCCUCCUUGCACCAUUGUUUUCCAGGUGUUUGCAUUCCUUCUUGGUUUGGGGUUUUUCCUUUCCUAUUUGGUUUUGUGGCUGUGUCUGACCUAGAUUUUUAUCCGAAUUCAUUUUCUUUCUGGCAGAGCCAGAUUUGGGGGCCUUGAAAGCAGAACAGCUCCAAGGGAGAGGGGGAAGAAGUGCCUGCUUCGACCCCACCACCUGCUUGCCUAGAGUACAGUGUUGCAAGAUAGUAGCGGGGGAGUAUGUUGGUUGCAACACUGAUGUAAGCCACUUGAGGCCUUGCCAAAACAAACAAACAUCUGUGGCUGUCUCCACGCUAAUCAUGGCCCACUGGCCCAGGACCACCCUGUGUUUUUCCCUACAUAUGCACAGAAUAGUCCCACCAGCGUCUCAGACUCUCCCUCCCCUUGCAAGCCCUGCAAUGUUGGGUGGAGUUCAGGGUUGUUCUCACAAGUUGCACAGUGAGGUAAAGAGAAAAAAAAAAUGGGCCUAAACUUUUAAGUCCAGCAAUAUUCUGCUGCAAGGCAGUUUUGGGGGAAAAGACCCAUUUCCCCCCCAGAAAGUUGGAAAGAGAGGAGGAGUAUGCAAGUGAAAAUCCCUACAAUAAAACAGCCGGCUCUGUUUAUGACAUACUUAAUGAAAUGAAGGCUUGUGGCUUGUGUUUUGAGAUAACAGAAUCAUGUAAUAAUUGAUGUGUCUUCCUUUUAUUUUCCCUUUGCACACUCAGACCCCUAGAUGAUUGUCCUAGUAAUAUAUUUGGGUUGCUAUUCCUUCUCGGCACCCAUCUCUAGAGAGCACCCCUCCUCCAUCCAGUUUUUGAGUUCUCCCCGGCAGACUGCCUGCAUAGAU